AUGCCGAGCCACAAUCUAGCUUUAGUGAAAAAUGAAUUACAAUUGGUGCAACAAGACGGUGACUCAUUUUAUUCCCAAUGUUACGUACCCAGUCAAGCGAACAGUUUGGAGGAGCUGGUCCCACUGGCGCCGGCGGGUCCGGCCGCGACCCCGGUCUGCGUGAAGCAGGAGCGCGUGGACUCGCCGCCCGCGCUGCAGCUCGAAACCUUGGAGUCGGUCCCGCAGCGCACGAGCUGUACGCUGAUAGAGCGGCAUCUGUCCUCGCUCCACGGGGAAGCUCGCGAGCGACCCGAGGCCAGCGACUUCACGCCGUUGCUCGCCGUCAAGGACGAGCCUCUGUCGGAAGGCGAGCAACAUCAGCAGAGCGGCGAGGACACUAGCGACUCUCAGGCCGAGCCGGCGACCCGGGGCAGUCCAAAAAGCUGGACCCCGACUGACAUGGACAAUGCCUUGGAGGCGCUCAGGAGCCACCACAUGAGUUUGACUAAGGCCUCGGCGCUGUUCGGCAUCCCGUCCACCACGCUGUGGCAGCGCGCGCACCGCCUCGGCAUCGACACGCCCAAGAAGGAGGGCUCCUCGAAGUCGUGGAGCGAGACGGACCUCAAGAACGCGCUGGAAGCUCUCAGGGCCGGCUCUAUAUCCGCCAACAAGGCCAGCAAGGCUUACGGAAUUCCGAGUAGCACUCUGUACAAGAUAGCUCGUCGGGAGGGCAUUCGGCUCGCGGCGCCCUUCAACGCGGCCCCCACGGCGUGGCGCCGCACCGACCUGCGCCACGCGCUCGGCGCGCUGCGAGCCCGCGCGCUCUCCGUGCAGCGCGCCGCCGCACUGUACGGCAUACCCACCGGUACAUUAUACGGCCGGUGUAAGCGAGAAGGCAUCGAGCUGUCUCGCUCUAACCCGACCCCGUGGUCCGAAGAUGCAAUGGCGGAAGCACUUGAGGCAGUUAGGGUUGGCCAGAUGUCGAUAAACCAGGCGGCCAUACAUUACAACUUGCCGUACUCGUCUCUGUAUGGACGGUUCAAAAGAUGCAAAUACCAGAGCGUGCAACAGUACCAGCAGCCGCCGAUUGUCCCGGACGGCCCCCCGCACGACCCGGAGCCCCCCCGGCCGGCCCCCCACCCCCCCGCCUACCCGCACUACCCGCACGCGCACGAGCAGGACUACGCGCAGACGCUGUGCUACCACCAUCACUACAAUACUGUCAUUAGUUGA